CAAUGAGCAAGACUUUAUGUUACGCAACCACCAAACAAACAGAUAGAUGUGGAAAUUCCGACCCCAAGCAUUCCGCGAUGGCUACUAUGGCAAGAGCACCAAGCUUUUGGAACUAUACCAGAACGACAAUCUUCGAGCGAGUUCUCACACCGGCGGUGAAGACCCCGUCAGUGUCCCACCCCGAGCCCACCAAACAUCGUUACGGACCUGCCAAUGGAAUGUCCACUUCUUUUGCAAUUACAUGAACGAGGAGCCUCAUUCGCCCGAAGAGAUGGCCACCGCCAUUGUCAACACGCUGUUGACGUUGGACGUCGAUAUUAUCGUCCUCAACGAGUUUGGCAUGGCACGAGCCAGCACCAAGGAAGAAGGACGAGAACGCGCCAAAGAAUUGUUGGAGGCCGCAGGGUAUGAAUUGCAUGUUGCGGAUUGCUAUUGUCCGACUGUCAUUGCCACGAGACUACCAGUAUUGCAGCAUUACAAGCUACAGUUGGAUAUCAUGCGGGAUGCCGUUGCCGUACAAGUGACACUCAAGAGCAACAACAACAACAAUGACUGCUUGGAUACUAGCAUGGCAGGCAUAUCCAGUCACCACGAUGAUGGUAGUAUUGCAACGUCGUCGUCCGCAGCAACCAUGACAGAUCACAGCACCCGCAGUAUGGCGAGUACCAGUGAGGACGACUCUACUACGACAACCGAUCCAGCCAGCACGGAGGAAAGAGAUCUUCAGGGUUGUUCGUCCAGUGGACGCGGAACUCGAAGCCGUCGCAGUAGUCAACGCCAAAAGCGACGCAGCUGCCACCAGAAUCACCAUGAUGAAGAUCACGUCUUUUGGAUCUAUGGGACCCAUUUGCAAGACAGCGAAGAUGAUGGGGGGCAAUAUCGCUUGGGUGAAAUAAAGACGCUCGUGGAAGACAUUGGAUUCGAUACCCCCAAUGUCAUGGUCACGGGAUGUUUCAAUCAACAACGGCGAGUGGACUACACCCGAGACGAAUGGCAAAUGAUUGUUGACAACAAGCAACGCCGCCAGUCACCCGUAAAUGAUGGCGUCGCAUACCUCUUGCGCGCCUUUGGAUAUCGCUGCAUAUGGGAUCGACCCUUCCCGGCCAAAACAAACUGGAUGACCCCUCUGGAUCCACCCCCGUCAACGCACUGGUCCGGUACCAUUGUCGAUUACACGUUUUACAAGGAUCAGAGACUACUGCUUUCGGGUGUCUAUGUCAGUCCUAGCAAUCUAUCCGAUCACAGACUCAUUGUAUCUGACUGGGAACUGUUGCGAAAGGAUUGUGGAUUGAACGCCAAUGAAGAUCGUUCUGGGCCGCUCCUCGCCGUUUGGAACAUUGCUAGACGGAUUGUGUUGGGUGACUAGCUAGAAGAAGAUUGUGUGGAUGGACAUCCAAACGGUAUGAAAGGCUGCUACUAAGUCUGCCUGAUUUACGUAUAGAAUAGAUGAGCAGUCACCAGUACGACUGUACAGAUAAAUCAUUUCGCUCUUGACCAGUUACAGCAACACAACCAGCAAUUGCAUAAUCUAGCUAAGAAUUUGAGUAGUUGAACUUGUAAAGAGCCCAGUAACUCAGGAUGCGAGUAAGCAACAAAUAUCCCAGGAGGACACCAAGAUCCAACCAGAAAUUGUC